UCAUGCGCCAGGAGACGCCGGCGGCGGAUGAGCGCGCCUUCACUCUGCCAGCCAGCGAGCGCACCAAGCAGCGGGCGAGAUGUCAGUUGACACGAGCAGCGGGCCGUGUGAGAAAUUUCAAGCCAACGUGUUCAACCACAGCAAAUGUCAGAACUGCUUCAAGUCACGGGAGCUGCACCUGCUCGGCGACCCCAUCGUGGAGCAGGGGAAGACAGUCUACGGUGGCUGGCUGUGUUUGGCGCCUGAGGGGAGCGACUUUGGGAACCCGACACUGAGGCCACGGAAAUGGCGGCGGCGCUUCUUCCUCCUCCACGAGCACGGCAGCCUGACCUACGCGCUGGAUGAGCUGCCGGGCACGUUGCCUCAGGGCACGGUCAACAUGAGUCUGUGCACGGACAUCUUGGACGCGGAGACGCGUACGGGCCAGAGGAACACGCUGUGCAUCAUCACGGCAGAACAGGAAGUGUUCGUGCGGGCCGACAGCAAGGACGUCAUUAACGGGUGGAGCGAGCAGCUGUUGGUCUACCUGAGCAGUAGCAGACAGAAGCCAAAGAAGAAGCGCAAAGUCGAAGCUGUCAGCGGCCAGGAACCUACUCCAGCCAAAAUGGCCGCAACCUGCCCCGCCAUGACGACGGUGACGGUGGUGACCGACGCCCCGCUGGUGGAGGAGCAACUGGCUGAAACCACGCCAGGCAGGGACCCGCCAGUCACGCCCAAGCAGGACCUGAGUGACCCUCGACCCCCCGAGCGAGAGCCAGAUUUACUGAACUUCAAAAAAGGUUGGAUGUUGAAGCAGUGCCAGGAUGCCCAGUGGAGGAAGUACUGGUGCGUGUUGUCAGCUGACAAUCUACGUUUCUACAAGCACUCCAAGGCUGAGGAGGCCUCAGAGCAGGAAGGAGAAGUGGACCUGAGCAAGUGUAUCAACGUGUGCGAGUGCGACGUCCAAAAGAACUAUGGCAUCCAAAUCCACACGCCUGCUGGCGUCUGCAUGCUGUCGGCCAUGACGGCAGGAAUACGAAGGAACUGGAUCCAGGCUCUGAUGAAGAACGUGCACACAGCCUCUGAUGUCAACAGCCAACCAGACGUGACCCGAGACUCUUCAGAGCGGGACCGACGCACCAGGACGGUUCUGGAGCGAAGGCGUGACGGUCGCUACAAAACCUGUGACUGGACGGAGCUGAAGCCUCAGAGGAAACCGCCGGUAGACGCCGACCUCCACAGCGGCGAAGCUCCGCCCUCCCUGCAGUCUGGCGACCUGGAGCAGAGCCACAGGAGAGAGGUGAGGAGGAGGCGGUACGAGAACAUCCUGGGCGUGUCUCCAGGUCGCGAAGUGAUGGGCGACGCCGCCGCCGCUAACCCGAGGACGCUGCUGGAGGACGAGAUGGAGGCGUGCUGGAAGCAGGUGGAGAAGACCAACUUCAAGCACUUGACUGACCACGCCCCUUUGAUCAUAAUGGACGACUACAUGAAGUUUGAGCCGGAAGAUUCCGAGCGCAGUAGACCGGAGUGUCAAUGUCAGCCGAGUGCUUCCUGUGAGAUGGACCCUCCCCAAGGACGUGUGGGGGACGACAGUCCACCGAGCGGCUGCGCAGGAAGCACAAGUCCAGAAGCCCCGCCCACAAGGUGCAGCCGUGACGCAGACCGGGAUUCACUUCCUGUCUGUUUGUCCUCGGCUGCCUCAGACUGCGGCGGCGCUCGGUGUGCACCGCACGUCACCAGCGAGCAUCGUGUUUGUCUCCUGCGUCCGCAAGCGAGUGCUGGCUCCGCCAUGCUGGACACGCUGGCCGAAGCGGGCGGAGACUCGGUGGAAGGUCUUGCUCGGGUCAGCCAGGAAGUGGAGCUGCUGACCAGGCGGAACCGCGCUCUGGACCAACGGAACCAGGAGAUGCUGAACCAGCUGAUGGAGGCCGACGUCCACAUCGAGCGCCUGAAGGAGGAGCUCCGCAGGACGGAUCCCAAAAAGACGCAGGUUCUGGAGCGAGAGCUGCUGGAGAAGAACCAGAAGCUCCUGGAAGCUCAGACGCUGAUCACCUCACUGGAAGACAGUCUGAGGGACGCCCAGAGAAGCGGGGGACAUAAAGAACGGCUGAGAAAAACAGAAAGUUACCUUCUGAGAUGCUUUGAAGCCACCGAAGCCAAACUGUGCGAGCUGGAGGAAAAGCUCCGCCAGUCGCAGCUCAGCUGCAGGAAGCUCCAGGCGGAGAAUGCUACCCUGAAGGAAGCGAAGAACCUUUGCCUCCAAAGAGACGCCCAGAUGCUGAGCAGGGAGGCGGAGGGAACGAUGGCGCUGAGGUGUAACCUUCUGGAAAAAUUACUGGAGGACGUUGCCAGGUUUUACGUGGGCAAGACGUGGAUGUGGACAAGCGGCGAGGAGGAGGGGCAAGCAGUCGCCACCGCCUGUCAGCGGAAAUGGUGCCCAGAGGCGGAACAGGAGGCAGAGCUUCUCGAGGGAGCAACAUCACAGAUGAUUCCUGGACAGAACAUCACAAAAGACAAGUCCCGCUUAGGUGGUGGGAAGCGGGGCCAGGAGAACCUUCUGGAGCAGUUGUGCGAGCAAAGUGUUAUGGAACGUCCCGGAAGGGUUGCUCACAUGAUCACGCCAUCCCCCGCCCGCGCGCAGGACGAAGUGGGACGGGUGGCCGAGCGACUCUUUCGCGUCGCCAAACCUCCGUGGUCCGCGCUGUUUUACCUGGCGGCAACUCAGGCGGCAUACUGCUGCCACGUGACCAGGCUAUGCUCCGCCUACCAGUGGGAGACGCCCAGCUCUGCCCACCCCUGCAACCGCUGCCUCCGGCUGACGGAAGAGAAUCGGCGACUCGGGGAAAGACUUUGUAGCGUCGAGCGCCGCGCAGCCAAGGUCACGCCGCAGCAUCAGGUGAACAUACUGGCGGCACGUGUGGCGGAGCUGGAGGAGCAGCUGUCAAUCACAAGCCAAAACCUGACGUCGGCUCAGAGGCAACACGACAAGGACAUGGAAAAGCAGAAGGCAGCGUGCGAGAGGAGGCUUGCCGCCAUGGAAGAGUCCCACCUAAAGGUGUCCGAGGAGCUCCAGCGACGCCACCUCCAGGAAGUCGACCGCCUCCUGGAGGAUACGGACAGGCUGCUGGAGGAGGAGACUGCCGCCACGGCAACUGCAAUGGAGGCCAUUGAGCGAGCCCACCGCCUGGAGCUGGAGAAGGAGGUGCAGAGGAGGCGGCGAGUCAUCGGUGCGACAGGCGGCGUUCUGGUGGAGCACCUGCACAAACAACACAGUGAGGACCUGGCGUCCUCUCAGCGGGAGUUGGAAGAUUUGUCCUGCGAGUUCUCUCGGAAGUGUCUCGAAAACAACCACCUGCUCCAGGUGCUGGACUUGGAGAGGAAGGUGCUGAGUCAGCGUCAGCAGGAGAACAGGGACCUAAUGGCUCUGAACCAGGAGUUGAGCGCUCAGCUGACGUCCAACAUCACUCGCCGCUCGCCGGCGGGAAGGGAAGCACUUGCGCACGACGUCAGCGUUUCCAAGUUGGAGCUGCUGCUGCGCGUGAAGGAGUGCGAGCUGACGAGCGUGAGGCAGCAGCUUAGCUCGCUGCGGCAAAAACUUCACGUCACGCAGCGGGUCAAAGGUGACCCGCCCAUGGCACAAGAAGUACCAGGAUGAAGCAGGAAGUCAACUGGGCUCACACCUCUUCAUGUUUGCGGGCACAUUCACAACUAAAGUACUUUUUGUGUGAAUGUUGCUUGUAAAUAUUGAUUGUAAGCCUAUUUUAUUGAUAUUUACUAGUAGUGUGUGACGUGUUUACUUGUGUGUGUUAAUAAAGACAAAAG